AUGGACCUCUUCAAAGCAAUGCGCCAUCUACUUGGGCUGUCCCUCAAGGAGCAGAAGCCCGACUGUGCCAUCCUCCGGCUGCCGGUUGAAUUGCUCCUUCUCAUAUCGGCAAGCCUUCCCCUGCACAGCCAAGUGCUCCUCUCCCAGACAUGCCGCUGGCUGCGGACCGUCCUCCCCCUUGCCGACUCUUCAUCGCGCCUUCCCCGGGAGCAGUACUUGGAGUACCUCGCCGGCCUGGCCUACGACAUGCCGGAGCGGUGGGUGUGCGAGAAAUGCAUGGCCCUCCACAGCGUCGUCGAGUUCGACACCCCGAAACGCCCAUGUCGUACCCUUUGCCCUCUAGCAUGGCGACAUGGUUGCUACCAGUACAGUUUCAACUGCUUCUGGCCUCACCACCGCCACAUCCAGCUCACGCUCAAAUACACACGCAUGCUCGGCAACAAGAAACACCAGAGACAUCUCCAGAAUUUGCUGGCGCCGAGUCACUCUAGGUUCGUCAUCUACCCGCUCGAGAGAAACGUGCUUGCAGCCCAGUGUUCUACAUACCCCAAGGUCGAGAUCUCCAACGGCAACAGCGACGGAGGAAGGAGGCGGUACUUGCUACUCUCCGUCCGCCGCUACAAAGCAGCACGAGAGAUCGUGUCCCCGGAUAGUAUGGGCAUCGUCGUGGUCUGCCCGCACAUGCACAUGUACUCCGGGCCCCAGCCACCCGGACCGGCCACCCUUUCCGCAUACAUCCACGCGGCGUUCAAGGAGGAAGAUGGCGUCGAGGUGCGCGGCGCCUGCGCCCGUUGUCCGACCGACUUUGCGGUGCGGGCCUCUCCCUGGCGCGCGACGGUGCGGGCCUGGAAGGAUCUAGGAUCCGAGGGCUCCCCGCUGGACCCAGCCUGGAGGGUACAUCUCGACGAUUAUCACCAGGACCCUGUGUAUGGGAUCCAGGAAGACCUGACCAUCGCUCACGAACCUGGAAGCGUUCGGAAGCUAUACGAAUCGGGGGGUGGAGAAGUCGAAGGGAUACAGUGGGAGCGUCUAGAACCUGCACCGAAUGAUCUGAGGCGCGCGUCGUGA